AUGACUAGUCCGACCGACUACACAUCCUGGACGAACGCCGACCUCAUCGCACGCGUAACGCACCUCGAAAACCAACUCCGCACCCAGACCCUCUCCCAUCAUCACACCCCACCCCAAAAGAAGAAAAACCCCCCCAAAAAACCCUCCAAACCCUUCGACCCCUCACGUUACAACACCCGUCUCAUCGCUUUGAAAUUCGCAUACCUGGGAGGCAACUACAAUGGGUUCGAACAUCACAAUAACAACACGACGCCUUUGCCGACGAUUGAAGAGGAAUUGUGGAAAGCUUUGAAUAAGACCAAGUUGAUAUUUCCGGAAUACAAGGUUGGGGAAAGCGGAGGGGGAGAUGUUUCUUGGGAGGGAGUGGAGUAUAGUAAGUGCGGGAGGACGGAUCGGGGAGUGAGUGCUUUUGGACAGGUUAUUGGGUUGAGGGUUAGGAGUUCGAGACCGAAAGAGAAGGAGAAAGUGGAAGUGAACGUGGUGGUGGAGGAGGAGGAGAGUGUUGGGUCAGAUGCUGAAGUGGAAGUGGAAGAGAAAGAGAAAGAGUGGGAUCACAUUCGAGAUGAAUUGCCAUAUAUCCAACUCCUAAACCGAGUUCUGCCUCCUGAUAUCCGAGUGCUGGCUUGGUGUGCUGAUCCUCCCGAAGAUUUUUCUGCGAGGUUUAAUUGCAAAGAGAGAAGGUACAGGUACUUCUUCACAAACCCUGCAUUCGUCCCUUUACCUGGAUGCAAACACAAGUCUGAAAAUGAACGGCCGGGAGAAGGCUGGCUAGACAUCGAGGCCAUGGACCAGGCGGCGAAGAAGUAUGAAGGUCUGCAUGAUUUUCGGAAUUUGUGCAAAGUGGAUCCUAGCAAGCAGAUUGCGGAUUUCUCCAGAAGGAUCUUCCAUGCUGGCAUUCAUGAGGUGCAAUCGCAGGGAGGAAGCGUCGUCGACCCAUCAUCGCCCAAGCUCUUCUACUUUGAAGUGAGAGGGAGUGCUUUCCUCUGGCAUCAGGUCCGACAUCUGGUUGCAGUGCUUUUCCUUGUCGGGCAAGGAUACGAGAGUCCGAGUAUUGUCGAUGAGCUCCUGGAUAUUGGAAAGACACCUGCGAAGCCUCAUUAUGAGAUGGCUAGCGAUAUUCCACUCGUGCUCUGGGAUUGCAUAUUUCCAAGCGCGGAAGAGCCAAGCUAUACUGAUGCCCUGGACUGGAUCUAUGUUGGUGACGACAUUGGUGGUCGAGACCCAGCUAAGCGCUCGACAACCGGUGUUGAAGAUGGCAAGUACGGUCGCAAUGGCAUUAUGGAUGAGCUCUGGGCGCUAUGGCGACAGCGCAAGAUGGACGAAGUGCUUGCCCGCAGUUUAAUGGACGUUGUUGCAUCGUCGGGCCACCAGCCGGAUGCAGCAAAGCUGUCGUCUGCAGUUCUCGCAGAGAAGAGUGCCCGCCUCUAUGAUGGAGGACCAGUGCCUCGAACGGUGGGUCCGUACACGCCUUUGAUGCAGCGUGAGCGCAUGGAGACUCCCGAAGUCGUGAAUGCCAGAUACGCAGCUCGUAAAGGCCUGGAUAGAAACUCCCAGCCCACGCCGACAUCAAUGAAUAGGUAG